AGUAUUAACUAGUUUGGUAUAGUUUGUGCUCGAAAUGUUUAUGAUAGAAAUCAGCAAUCCGGCGCGCAAGUGCCUGAGUUUGCGACCGCGUAGCGCGGCGCGUUUGUUGUUCAACACUACCUAGAAGCCGAUUCGAACUAAGAAAUUGACGUCAAUUGUUCUCAUUUUGUUAUUUGCCUGUGUCAUUUUAUCAGCAUUACAUUGGCGUAAGCGGCGACAACUUCUCUCCUCUACUCAAAUCUAAUUGAUUUGCUUUAAUUAUUUAAUAAUUAUCAAUUUAAACAGUCCAUACAUUUAACACCAACAACCCAUUCAUCGAAUUAAUUCCAUUGCCAAAAAACUUAUAUAACACAAUGACUUAUCCAGCAUCAACUUUUUGUAUUAGGUAAGUAAAGAAGUAUUUACAUCAUUCAAUCAUCAAUUGCAUUAAGUCAAAGUUUUGAGCUUUGUGCUGUGUAAGAGCGUAAGUAUACCUAUUCGUAAUUAUAUAAAAGUGCAAUGAAUCAGAUUAAGUAUGAUAAUUCUAGGAUGUAAUAAAGGCUCCUUAAGAGGUCUGAUCUAGGGAAGCUGGCAAGUAAUCUCUAAUAGAAAGCAGGACACAAGUACACAACCAAUUGUUGUGGAGGCCCCGGUAGCCUCUCUUGUUCUUUUCAGCUGAUACAAUGAUGGCGAGACGAGGUAUUUUUGGUGCUUCCUAUUUAAUUGCAUAACGUAACAAUAUUUUAUGACAGAAAGCCACGAUAGUAAACAUACAAUGUUUAGACGCUUAUCGACACUGUACGUAAUAAUUACACUAAGGCCAAGAUCCGAUCUUAAAAUGCUGUUCUAAUGCGCCGUAAUAUGGACUAUAAUUUAAUGACUAGUUACUGUAAACGAGCUUGAGUAAAUAAAUCCAACAAGUUUAAUGCAAAAGUUUUGGUUUACGCUUUAUGGUAAAUAUUUGGUGUACGUCGUAUAGCCGUUUUAUAGAUCUAGUAAAAUGUUUGGUUUAAUUGUGCUAGGUCAAGAGCGGGCGUUCGACAGGCGUCCUUGUGACGGGUAAAUAUUAUUGUCUAAGCGGGUUUUCCACUGUUUAGUGUUUGUGGAGUCAUGGAUGCUGCGAGCUUCGGCGGCUGGCGGACGGGUGCGACGACCGCACCAGCCAGCUCACGGCUAUACCACUCCGGCUAUGUACAUACAUAUAUAUCUAUAUAUAUGUACAUGUACCUUGACAAACGUUAUUGACAGGUAAAUUAUCUUUAUACAAACAGCCUAUCGUGUAAUAAUAUUACGAAUGCAGGAAUUUUUAAAAUGUCAUAUAAAAAUGAUUCAUAGGAUAAUAGAUAAGUAACCAAGUUGGCAGGUGUAGUUUAGCAAAUAAUAUAAUAUGAAUAGGCCGUUGUGGGAGUGGUAGUGGUGUGGGGCGCGGCAAUAGGCGGCGCGGUGCGCGGGCGCCGCUCGGUGGGCGGGCGCACUGUAGCCCUGCACGCGGCCCGGCGCGCACGCACGCAUGAAGACCGAGGAGCAAGCCACAGAGGAGGCGGCCCGCCGCCCGCCGGCCACCCGAAGACAAGAAAAACCACCGUACUCUUACAUAGCCCUCAUAGUCAUGGCGAUCAGACACUCUCCGAACAAAAGGCUGACACUUAGCGAAAUUUACAGUUAUCUUCAACAAACAUUUCCAUUUUUCCGAAGUUCAUAUCAGGGUUGGAAGAACUCUGUGCGUCACAAUUUAAGCUUAAACGAAUGUUUUGUGAAGCUCCCGAAGGGACUCGGGAGGCCGGGGAAGGGGCACUAUUGGACUAUCGACCCUUCCUCAGAGUUCAUGUUCGAAGAGGGUUCGUUCAGGAGGCGACCUCGAGGAUUCCGCCGGAAGUGCCAGGCUCUUAAGCCUCAGUUUGGGAGCGGUGGAUACCUGUGCGGAGGCGGGGUUACCGCGCUGCCGCCGGCACAGCCCGCCGGCUACGAGCUCGCCGGCAGCAGUGGGGCCGGCACGAGCAACGCGAGUUCCAUCGACUACGGAGCCUGUGCCUAUUCGCACACCAGUUCGUCGAGCCAGCAGCUGCCCUACGGCAGCGACUACUGCACAUACGGCGGCAUGGGCGAGCGCGAGUGGCCGAUUCCCUACGGGUCGGUGGACACCAGUUAUCGGCCGCCGCCGCCUUCCCCGCCGCCGCACCACGACCUUCCAGAUCUCAUACCCAAUUACCAAUAUGUAACCAAUGACCAUGGUACAUCGGCGAUGUUCGCAGGAAUGCGCGGAGUGCACGGGCAAAUGCUCGGGGGCGGGUCGCUGGGGCUGGGCGGCUUCGGACUGGGCUCGCCGCUGCCGGCGCUACCGGAGCGCAAGGCGUAUGCGUCGCCGCCGCCGACGCCGCUGCCCGCGCUGCCGCCGCUGCCUGCGCUGCCCGCGCCCUCCGCCCCACCGGCGUCCGGCCAGCCACCUGUAGUCAGCUCCGCGUCGGUUCAUGCCUACUACGAUCACAUGAAAUACUCCUUACACCAGUGAGCUCCUGAAUACUGACGCAGCGUAAAAAUUUAGGCAGGUUAGCAUCGGCGCAGGCAGCUAGGACUAGUGAGCAAGGACUCUCCCCAUAAUGUGAUCUAGACUGUCAGAUAGAUAUGAUUCAGAGAAAUAUGUAAUGAAUUACAGAAUAGGUAAUUGAUUUUAUUUAUGAUUAUACCCUUUCUGCAAUUGGUAUUUGAUACAGCUUGGUAUUUACUACAAUCCCGCAAUGUAGAAUAAUUUUAAUCGAUGACAACUAUUUUAUAUUUUGUAUGACCUGAUCGUAAAUACAAAAUUAGUUUAAAUUCUUAACAUCCGAAUGGAUCAUAACAUUCAUAACUAAAUUACGCACAGCCCGAAGACAAUCUAUUCUACAUUUAAAAACAUUGCAUAAAUAUUGCAUAGUUCCCUGUACGUGGUGUGGUAUUUAUCCGAAAGAAUCUAAAUAAGUACUGUAUUGUACAUGUGCCUACUUUGUCUCAAAAACAUUAACCCUGAAAACACACUCCUUUUUUGGGCAGUCGAAUAAAAAUGAACGACAAGGUUGAGUUUCCCGGUUUCAUAAAAAGGGGAAGUGAAAUUGAAUUCGAGUCUAUUUUUAUUGCAAGAUGAAAGUAAGAAAUUACAACUAAAUUACUGAUUGACCCUAAUUAUUUUCGAAAAGUGCGAAAAUACGGUGAAAUAAAAGUAAGUUUGUUUAUUUACACUUUAAACCUUUCUAUUUCUCCAGUGUCUGGAUUUCAGACCGUAAGUAGUAUUGAGAGACCUACGAAGAAAUCUGUUAUUUUUGCUUAAUUUUCGCAUUCCAUUCAUCUUUCUCAUACUUGUUGUUAAACAUUAAGCUUGUCUCUUUCGGUGUGAUUUGUGUGUGGUGAGCACAUGCACAUUUCUCGCUUGCCUAGAUAGGCGCUACUAAAGGCAACUUGUAAGUACAAUUUGUACAAGAUAGGUAAGUGUUUCUAUUUUGGAACGCCUAUAACCAAUCUUUAGUUAUAAUACCAUUGCUAUACAGUAUAGCAUAGCCUAUGCUAUCGAUUAUUUUUACAUGAAAACACGUACUUAUAUACGGGACGUACUUAUACUAUAGGUAUUAAUCGUUGAUCUCUAUCUGUUAACACUGUUGGUGGGGACAUACAUACUUAGAACUCUCUUAUAAUGGUCGGAGUGGUACAAUUACUUUAUAAGAGGGCCCUAACGUAAAAUUAGUUUAUAUAUAUAUAUAUUUUUUGCAUUCAUACACUUACACUAUAUACACUGCAUACUCUGCAUAGCCGAGGGAUUUGACUAUUUUCAUCAGUGUAAUGGAGAUAAUAGAUAAAAAUCCCGCGCGGUGGACAAAUCUUCCAUCGCAAGUUUUGCGCGGCGCAUUAUAUAAUUAUGAUUUCCCGGUUUUACGCCCAGCCUCUUAAUGUCCAGUCUUAGUGUCAGAAAAUAUUCAUGUUUGGUACCUAUAUCGACUUAGGGUAAGAAUAGUCAUUAUAUCAUACUUGAAUGAAUGUAAUAUUUACAUUUAUAUUGUUUACAUACACCUAGUGAAUUCAUCUACGUAUAUUAUUAGUAUUAAGUACUCACUGAAGGUUUUAGACUUAAGUAUCUGAGCGGGUUUGUUCUACAGCGAAGAAUAACGCGCUCCCUGGCGCGAGAGCGGUGUGUUGUCACUGAUAGCUUAAGUUAUUACAUAUUUAGCGACCAUAAUUAUUUUUAAGGAAUUAUCGUUUUGAAUAAAUUAUCUUUAAUAA